CCAAAAAAAAAAGUAAGCGACUCGUUGGCGUCCAAAAAUUCAAAGGAAAAAAUGGCGACGAGAGGAGUUGCUGCUGCUGCUGCCUGCAUAUGGAGACGAGGAAACCCUUCGUUUUCAUCGAUGUCGCACUAUUUCAGUCCCAUUUUCAAUCGUCCAAUCGCCCCUAGAGGGUUUGGAAUUCCUGUUCGGGUGCUACACGGAGCAAGUGCUGAUCCCAUUGCACCGUUGAAGAAAGGCAAAGAACCGAUCUCUCCGAAUUGGAAAAUCAAAAUGUUAUAUGAUGGAGAUUGCCCUCUCUGCAUGCGUGAGGUUAAUAUGCUCGUGGAGAGGAAUAAGCAAUACGGAACCAUAAAGUUUGUUGAUAUAAGUUCGGAUGAUUAUUCUCCAGAAGAUAACCAGGGGCUAGAUUACAAAAUAGUAAUGGGGCAAAUCCAUGCGAUCCUUGCUGACGGAACAGUGGUCACAGGUGUAGAGGCGUUUCGGAGAUUAUAUGAAGAGGUCGACCUCGGAUGGGUUUACUCCAUCACGAAAUACGAACCCAUUGGAAAGAUAGCUGAUGCAGUGUAUGAUUUCUGGGCAAAAUAUCGUCUUCAGUUAACAGGGCGACCGCCUUUAGAAGAAGUUCUCGAAGCAAGGAGGAAAAAGGUAGAGACUUGCGGUAACAACAACGCCUGCAAGAUGUAAGUUCCUCGACAUGAUCAAACUAUUUCCACUUCUUCUCGAGGUCCGAUUCUCACGGUAAGAGAAUGUUACACUUACGAGUUAUGAAUAUGUAAAACAUUGCAUCAUGGUUUUGGGAUAGGAUUCACUGUAUUUCUUAAUGCAUAACCCAGGAAUCAAAUCCAAGUAGAUUAAUAACUUGUAUAGUUUGGUUUUGGUUUUACCGUGUGUUACACUGGAGGAAGAUAUAUGUAAGUGAAACAGUUGGGUCA